CCUCGGCUCGGCUCGGCUCGGCUCGGCUCGGCGCGGCGGCGCCCGCCCCGCGCUCCGCCGCCGGGGCUCUUUGUUGGAAAGCGCCGGCAGGGGGCUGCAGCACCAUGUCGUCCCCCAAGAAAGGCUUCUACCGGCAGGAGCUCACCAAGACCCUCUGGGAAGUCCGCGACCGCUACCGCGACCUGCAGCCGGUGGGAUCCGGCGCCUACGGAGCCGUCUGCUCGGCCGUUGAUGGAAGGAAUGGUACCAAAGUGGCCAUUAAGAAACUGUACCGCCCAUUUCAGUCCGAACUCUUUGCCAAACGAGCCUACCGAGAGCUGCGCCUCCUGAAGCACAUGAAGCACGAAAAUGUCAUUGGAAUAUUGGAUGUGUUCACACCAGAUAUAACACUGGAGAAAUUUAAUGACUUCUACCUAGUCAUGCCCUUUAUGGGAACAGACUUGAGUAAGAUAAUGAAGCAUGAGAAGCUAACGGAAGACCGAAUCCAGUUCCUGGUAUAUCAGAUGUUAAAAGGCUUAAAGUAUAUUCACUCAUCAGGCAUAAUUCACAGGGAUCUGAAACCUGGAAACCUGGCAGUAAACGAAGACUGUGAAUUGAAGAUUCUGGAUUUUGGAUUGGCAAGGCAUACAGACAGUGAGAUGACAGGUUACGUGGUCACCAGAUGGUACAGAGCCCCAGAGGUCAUACUUAAUUGGAUGCAUUAUACACAAACAGUUGACAUCUGGUCUGUGGGCUGUAUAAUGGCUGAGAUGAUAACUGGGAGGCCUCUGUUCAAAGGAAACGAUCAUCUGGACCAACUCACAGAAAUAAUGAAAAUAACGGGCACGCCAACUCAAGAUUUUGUUCAAAAACUGCAGAGUCAAGAUGCAAAAAACUAUAUCAAAAGCCUCCCAAAAGUUCAGAAAAAAGAUUUUGCAUCCAUCUUGAAGUAUGCGAAUCCUUUGGCUGUAAACCUUUUGGAGAGGAUGCUGGUGCUAGAUGCAGAGAAAAGAGUCACAGCAGCUGAGGCUUUGAUGCAUCCUUACUUUGAACCUAUUCAUGAUCCUGAGGAAGAAAUUGAAGCUGAGAAAUAUGAUGACACGUUUGAUAACGUGGAUCUUCCACUGGAUGAAUGGAAGCGUAUUACGUAUACAGAGAUACUGAACUUUAAGCCACCACAAACAUCAGAGUCAAAGGAGACAGCAGUGUGACUUGAUCUUUUCAGAACUCAGAAGAAAACAGGAAUGUUGUAAAUGUUUAUGAUAUUUCAGGUGUAUAAAACUUUUAUAAAUAAAUUGGAUGUAAUCUGUUUCAUCUGCAUUGUAAGAAAGAGCAAUGUCUUUUACUCUGCUUGUGGAAGUUGAUGCCUUUGGGAAUAGCAUUUCAAAACUAUCCAGAAACUUAUUUCUACCCACAUCUCCCUUCUGCAUGAAGGAAUUCAGAUUGUGAUAACACUGUGUCAUCUUCAAAAGAGCAGGUAGAACUAAUUCUUCAAAUCAGAGGUCAAAAGAGUGCAAGUUACCACUCUGAACAAGCUGAAACACAGACUAUGUCAGUGAUGCACAGUGAGUACUGUUAGGCCAGUGACCUAUUUGAAAUGCUAGAAGUAUUAGCGUGAGUUCCUCUGGACUAUUCUACCUUGAUAAGGUGCCUGGAGAGGCUCAUCAGCUUCUUCUACCUCAGCUAGUGUAGCGGGUACCAGAAAGACAGCCUGAAUGAAUGCCUGUUUCCCUUGUCCAACAUGAGUGGAGAUCUGAGCUCCAACCAAUUCUGAUGGAUUUUUGCAAGAGGCAAGAAGCAGAGAAGUGUCAGUGUCCCAGAUUUUUAUGAAGUAACCAGUGUAGUAGGACAAGAUUUCCCAAAUGCACGAGGUGAACUGUCACUAGAUAAACAGUCACUUUCAGGGUGUACAGUAUUUUAGUCUGAAUACAGUGCAGUUUCUUUUAACAGCCUAGGGAUGAGGGAUUUCCAGGGAGAAACUAAAAGGUUUUCUAAAAUUUUCUAAUUUUCUAGCAUCUUAGUAUUGAAACAAUCACUGAAAAAGUGCACCUUCUCAGAGGGGAACAGUGUUUGGAGAAUCACCAGUGCCGAUAUUAGAAAUAAAGUUGCAUGCAGGUCAUGUUAUGGAAAAUGAGAUGAGAAUAAAAAUACUACAGUGCAGCUAUUCUUGUGACCUGCAGCAAGUUGUUUUGUUCAUAGUGUAUAGAGGUGAUGCCAGGUGCAGAAUAAUAACUGUUUCUUUUUUUAGCCUUUGGAACUCAUCUUAAUUUCUCAGGGGAGAAGGGGGCAUCUCAGUCUCAGUGGGGAGAUGCCUUACCAGCAGUAGACAACUCCCUUUUGAGUUCCUGUGGGAUACUGGUGAGGCACUUUUAAGUCCCUCUUAUUAUCUGGGUUCAUUUAUUGUAUUUUCCUAGGUGCUUAGUUCAUAAUAAUCUCUCAGAGGAAAAAGAAAUUGGCAGACUUGUGGGAUGCAGAUUUUUUUGUGGGAUUGCUUCUCCUUGUUAAAGGUAAUUUUAACUAUUUGGAUAUGUGUAAUUCCCAAUGCAACAUACUGUUGUGUGUUGCUGCUGAGUGAAACAGUUGUGAAGGAAGACAUACAAUCUUAGCAGAAGAAGACGACUUGAAAAAGUCUCUGAAAAACAACUAAGAAAUUACUUGGUUUUUUGCUUUAAUAUGCAUUUUAAAACAGAAGCUUAAUCAAGCCACAGUUGUUCUGUUUCUCUUAAUGAGUGCUUUAGUUAAACAACUGUAAAUAUCAGUAUUUGUUUAAAAAUUAUUUGUGAUGGACAUUGAUUAGCUGAGACAGGCACUGAGGGAGACUACAUGGUAACAGAAACCUUGAACUUUUGGUGUACUUGACAAGCCAUUAAAAACGAUUGUUUCAGGAAUGCCUGAGAGAGCAGGCAGUGAAUGUAAUUUGAAACAAAACAUUUUUCCACGCUGCAGGUCACUGAGGAAGGCAUGCUGAAGAGUCAUAGCCAAUUUUGCACUAUUGACUUUCUGCUUGAGCUACACAAUUAUGUUAAAUAGAAACUUUAUUUUUUACUUAAUGUUUUCUCUUUUAGGAUCAUGCCCUGUAGUCCUCCUAAAAGUCAAGGGAGAAAAGUGCCUAUUGGAGUUAGGAAUUUUUGAUAGAGCCAGUCAAGGAAGGUAAAAGAACGUCAAAAUUUCUUUGAAAAUGUUUCCUUUUUACUUUAAAUGGAAUUUCAGCAGCUUAGGUUCUGGCAAAUGUCUAAAGUCUUGAGAUAAUGCAAAUGGCUCAAAAGCUAGUCAGACUUGGAGCAUUUUUUUAAUUGAAAAACUGGUUUUCAGAUUUUUUCUUAAAAUCCAACACUUCAAUGGGCUUUUUAACUCUUUUUGCCCCUUCAGCUUUAGUGAAAUCAAGCCAUAUAAAACUCCAUUGCCUGAGGUGGACUUCUGCUUCUCUUGGUUGUGACUUAGAAUUGUAGAAGCAGCUAGCCCACAUGAGACAUAAGAAAAUAAUGUUAGUUUUUCUAGAUAUUUGGGGAAUACAAAACUCUUAAAAUAACUGAAGAGAAGACCUUGAUGUAUGUGCUAGCAAAGACAGAUUAAGUAAAGUACUGCUAUGCUGUCUUGCCAGUAAACAGUUUGUAAGGUAAAAUAGCAAACACUAAAAAAAGUUUGUUCAAUCUUAGCAUGAUGUUUCUGUGAAGAGAUUGAAAUACAAAAAAUCUGCUUGAAACAGCAGUAGAGAUUAUUAGUAUAAAUAGCUCAUUAAAAGAAAUGUGGUGAAAGCAGAAUUAUUUUGCAUGGGAGGCAGCUGCUGCUUCAAAGGGAGAGACAACAUUUUCUAGGUUUUUAUUUGCUAUUUCUACUGGUGCUAAGCAACUCAGGAAUAAGAACCCAAUUUCUGUUUGCCUUAAGAAGAAAUGUAAAUAUGUUCUGCAUGUACUUGAAAUGUAUUGUGAAAAAUAAAGGUUGGGUUUUUGUUUUUUGCACAA